GGCGCUGGUUUCUUUGGCCGCAUCACAGCUCUACCUCCAGUGAAUGAAGUCAGCUGACCACAGUCUGCUGUCACGCAUCGCAGCCGCACCAUUUCUCUUCGACACCAGGCAGAAAACCACUUCAGCGUAAUCAGAAGUUAUACUAUUUUUGUCAAGAUGGACAUGUCCAAGCUGCCAAAAAUCAGGGAUGAGGAACGUGAAAGCCAGUUUGGAUACGUCCAUGGAGUGUCCGGACCAGUGGUGACCGCUACAGCCAUGGCCGGAGCAGCUAUGUAUGAGCUGGUUCGUGUGGGGCAUAGUGAACUGGUGGGAGAGAUCAUCAGGCUGGAGGGUGACAUGGCCACCAUUCAAGUCUAUGAGGAGACAUCUGGUGUUUCGGUUGGAGACCCUGUUUUGCGGACAGGAAAGCCUCUGUCUGUUGAGCUUGGGCCAGGAAUCAUGGGUUCUAUUUUUGAUGGUAUCCAGCGACCACUGAAGGAUAUUAAUGAUAUUACACAAAGCAUCUAUAUCCCCAGAGGUGUCAACAUUGGGGCCCUUAAUCGAGAUACAAAAUGGGAAUUUUCCCCCAGUAAAAGUUUAAGGGUUGGCAGUCACAUCACCGGAGGAGACAUCUAUGGUGUUGUUUAUGAGAACUCUCUUAUCAAGCACAAAAUCAUGCUUCCACCUAAAAACAGAGGCACUGUAACUUAUGUGGCGCCACCAGGAAACUACGAUGUCAGCGAUGUGGUCAUGGAGCUAGAGUUUGAAGGUGUAAAGGAAAAGUUUACCAUGGUUCAAGUGUGGCCUGUUAGACAAGUGCGUCCGGUCACAGAGAAACUUCCUGCAAAUCAUCCCCUGUUGACAGGACAGCGGGUGCUCGAUGCACUUUUUCCAUGUGUACAAGGUGGAACCACAGCUAUUCCAGGAGCCUUUGGAUGUGGUAAAACUGUCAUCUCCCAGUCUUUGUCUAAGUACUCCAACAGCGAUGUCAUCAUUUAUGUAGGAUGUGGGGAGCGUGGAAAUGAGAUGUCUGAAGUACUAAGAGACUUCCCUGAGUUGACCAUGGAAGUGGACGGGAAGACUGAGAGCAUCAUGAAGAGAACAGCGUUGGUAGCUAACACCUCUAACAUGCCUGUAGCUGCCAGAGAAGCCUCUAUCUACACAGGAAUCACCCUUUCUGAGUACUUCAGAGACAUGGGUUACAAUGUGAGCAUGAUGGCUGACUCCACCUCCCGUUGGGCUGAGGCUCUCCGUGAGAUUUCUGGUCGUUUGGCUGAGAUGCCUGCUGACAGUGGUUAUCCUGCUUAUCUGGGAGCUCGAUUGGCUUCCUUCUAUGAACGAGCUGGAAGGGUGAAAUGUCUGGGUAACCCUGAGAGAGAGGGCAGUGUCAGUAUUGUAGGAGCUGUGUCUCCCCCUGGUGGUGACUUCUCUGAUCCUGUUACUUCAGCAACACUUGGUAUUGUUCAGGUAUUUUGGGGUUUGGAUAAGAAGCUAGCUCAGAGGAAACACUUCCCCUCUGUAAACUGGCUUAUUAGCUACAGCAAGUACACUCGAGCAUUAGAUGAAUAUUAUGACAAACACUUCCCAGAAUUUGUGCCUCUUCGCACAAAGGCAAAAGAGAUUUUACAGGAAGAAGAGGACUUGGCUGAGAUUGUGCAGCUUGUAGGAAAGGCAUCACUGGCAGAAACAGACAAGAUAACCCUGGAAGUUGCAAAACUUAUCAAAGAUGAUUUCUUGCAGCAGAAUGGUUAUACUCCUUAUGACAGGUUCUGUCCCUUCUAUAAAACAGUGGGCAUUCUGUCCAACAUGAUUGCUUUCUAUGACAUGGCACGACAUGCAGUGGAAACCACAGCUCAGAGUGACAACAAGAUCACCUGGGCCAUGAUCAGAGAACAUAUGGGUGAAAUCCUUUAUAGGAUCAGCUCCAUGAAAUUCAAGGACCCAGUGAAGGAUGGUGAACCUAAAAUCAAGGCUGAGUAUGCCCAGCUACUGGAGGACAUGCAGAAUGCCUUCCGCACUCUGGAGGAAUAGAUGAGCACACACAUCGCAGAUCUCACCUCUGCCUCGCAUUCCACGUCGCUGUAUUUCCUGAUAAACCCCUCGUGCUCCCUGUGCUCUUGUGGUCAUCUGUGUGCGUGCAGUUUCAUGUGGAGGAAAAGAGAAACGAUGUACUGUAUUCAUAUUUCUUUUGCCUCUCGAGGGGCACUCUCUGGAUCCUCUACAUGGUCUUUGAUUGUGAGCGUGUUUGAAAGAGACAUCACUCGGUUUUUCUAAUUUUCUUGUUUACAUGAUCUAUGUGCUCCUUCUGAAAUAGUUUUUUUUUUUUUUUGGUUAUUGUUGUGUUGUAAUUACAUAUCCCGUCUGUACAAAAGAGUAUUGAAUAUAAAUUUAAUGAGAUCAACUAUUUAUUGCCAGCAUUAUGACAUGAAGGCUUUGUUUUUAUCGUGUUUCAUGUUGUGCUGUGUUGUGUUCUUGCUGUAGGAGUGUGUAAGCCACAUCUGUCCAAUAGUUUCAUCAUGUUACUCCAAAAGAAUAAAAGAAUGGAGAUAGAAA